AUGGGCAAGCCUUCUGAUGCUGCUUUUUGUGGUAGUGAAGAUGCAGAGGGCGGCAGCGAAGAGCAGCAGGAGGAAGAGCAGCAGCAGCAGCAGCAGCAGCAGCAGCAGCAGCAACAGCAGCAGCAGCAAGAACAGCAGCAGCAGCACAUGGAUGAGGACUGCGCCGGUGGAAGUUCUCCUGUCUCCUUUUCGCAGCAGCAUGAAGAGCAGCAGGCUGACCAGCAGCAACAGCAGCAGCAGCAGCAGCAGCAAGAACUGCACUCACAGCAACCGCAGCAGCAAGCGGACAGCGAUAGGCGAGCCUGCUGCUGCUGCUGCUGCUGCUGA